AUGCCUACAGAUCAAACAUCGUCUGCCACGCGGGCGGGCUCCGGACCCCGGCUGACACGUGGCAAGCUCUCCUGUCUGCGCUGCCAGCGGCGAAAGAUUCGGUGCGAUGGCGAUUUACCUACGUGCAAGAAUUGCCGUAAUGCUGGUGCCAUCUGCCAGGACGGUGUCAGUGAGCGUAUUGCUGGCCUCAAGCUUCGUAUAGAAUGGCUAGAAUCCAUCAUUCGGCAAAGAUGCCCCGACGUUGACUUGGAUACCAGACGGCCGCAGCACGACAUGAACCCAGCCGCGCUCCAAGUGUCCACAGUCGAGCCAGAGACCAUCAUGCCAACUGCAACUGAUUUCCCUCCGAUAAUUUCGAAGCCACAACAAUCUACCCAGCCGCCUGGACCUCUAGGUCAAGUGUUGGGCGGGAAUAGCGCGUCGGCUCACGAAAUUGCCAUGCUGUCGCUUGGUGCCAGCGACUCGCGGUACAUUGGCCCAUCCAGCGGCUACUUUCUCGCGCGCGUUAUGCUGAGCAAAAGCCGUGAUCCCAUCAACGACGCAGAUACUGCGGAAAAUACCACUGAUGUCCUGGGGGAACUCAUUGAAUCAGUCACUGGCCCGCUUCCGCUACCGCCGAAGCGGGCGGCGCUGCGGAUGUGCGAUGCAUAUUUCGAGUAUAUCCAUCCGCAGUACCCUAUUCUGCAUCGCCAAUCGACCCUGGAAGCUGUGGAUCACGUAUACCAGAAUGAAAGUGUAGCUCCUGUCGUCUCAUUUCAAGUUUUCAUGGUUCUUGCCAUGGGCGCGACGGUCUUGUCCAUGCGCUCCAAAGCACGCUUACCCAGCGAUUCCUACUGUCUCGCGGCGCUGCAAGUCUUUCCGCAAAUCAACGUUGAAAACUCAAUACAGGGACUCCAGUGCUUAUUAUUGCUGUUGAUAUUUGCGCUACAUAGCCCGUCUACCCGCUUCAACGUGUGGUAUCUCAACUACCAGUGCCUGGCUGGCGUGCUGGAUCUGGGGCUACAGAGAAACAUUACUGUCGAGUCUGGAAUCUCGCUUCUGGAGCAGGAAAUGCGAACCAGGAUAUUUUGGGUCUGCCUUCUUCUGGACAGGACGAUAUGCACAAUCAUGGGCCGACCGAUUGGCCUUCGCGACGAAGCGUGUGAGCUACGGUUGCCGCAAGAAAUUGAUGAUGCCCUGUUGGUUCCGAAUCAAGCCCUUCAAAUCCCUUCUACCAGAAAGCCACUCGACAUCUCUUACUCAAUCCACCUGUUUCGGGCUACCAAAAUCAACUCGGAGAUCAAAUAUGUCGCCAACAGCAUUGUUCAAGAAGCACCGAGAUAUGCGUACCCGCCACAGACAGACAUACACGGCUGGCAAAGUAAUGUGCUGCGACAACUUGACGAAUGGCUGUUGGAAAUCCCCUCAGACAUCCAGCACCCGAACGAAUUCAUGCACCUCAUCUGCCAGCUCCGCUACCACGGGCUCUGCUUGCUUCUCCUCCGACCAAGUCCAGCCAUCCCCAAGCCGACUUCUGCCGCCCUGCUACGCUGCUCCAAGAGCGCCACCGCGAGCAUCCAGAUACUCGACAAGAUGUACUGGCAGGACAUGCUCAUACACAACUGGAUCAGCCUGCACGGCCUCGCGCUCGCCGUGCUGACGCUGUUGUACUGCGUCAAGGCCGAGCCCGAGGUGGCGCGGGCGACGCAGGCCGACGCCCUCAUGGGGACACUCACCUCGGCGCUGGGCAUCUUGAGCGCGACGGGCGAGCACUGGCCGGCGGCCAAGAGGUGUCGCGAUAUCCUAGAGGACCCGGCAAGGUCGAUGGUGCAGUGGCUGCAGAAUCAGUCGGCGCCAGCAGCCGUCGACGGCCGCCGGAGAUCGAGUCGAGCUCAGGUGCAAACCACGAGCGAGCAGGAAAAUCUGGCAAGUGAUGUCUUGUCUUUGCCCGAUGCGGAGUUGAGCCUGCUGCAGCCUUUUGACGGGUUCCUUUUCGACAGCGCCUCUGUGAAUAUCGACGACAUGAUGCAAGAAUUGUUCCAAGACUUUAUUCCUGGAGUAUAG